UCAUUACAUAUAUAUUUUAUCGACCUUUACCAACCAAACAUGUAUGUAUCUCCUCCCUCUCUCAUGAGCUAUGGCCGGAGGAGAAGAAGAAGAAGCAACUCCGUCAUUACCGGACUACGAACCUUUACCUUCAUCAUCAAGUCACGAUCCAAACGACACCGUUCUGAUCUCAUCAUCCUCAUCACAUCCUUCUUCUACUACCUCACGACGCCGUUUCAUCAUCUCUAUACUAUUUCUCAUAUCUUUCGCCUCGAUCUUCAUCUACGUCUUCUGGCCGUCCGAUCCACGCAUCAAAAUCGUACGUGUCAAGAUUUCCCACGUGCACGUUCACCGCCGUCCGGUUCCGUCUAUCGACAUGACGGUGCUCGUUACGCUUAAGGUAUCCAAUGCUGACGUGUACUCUUUUGACUUCACGGAUCUUGACGUCGCGGUUGACUACAGAGGGAAAACGUUGGGUCACGUGAGCUCCGAUGGCGGGCACGUGACUGCUUUUGGUUCUUCUUACCUCGACGCGGAAGCGGAGCUUGACGGCGUCGACGUGUUCCCUGACGUCGUUCACCUGAUUCACGAUUUGGCUAAAGGCUCCGUUGAGUUUGACACCGUUACGGAGACUAACGGAAAACUUGGAGUUAUGUUCUUCCGUUUCCCUUUAAAGGCAAAAGUGGCAUGUGGGAUUCUAGUAAAUACAGUUAAUCAGACAAUUUCUCGUCAAAGUUGUAGCCCUGUCUAAUUCAAGAGACAUCAAAAUCAUUAUGAUAUUCUUUUUGUCUUCGUUAUCUUUUUUUCUUUAAUGUAAUUUUGUAGUGCUAAUAGAGAUUUAGAGUCAACUGAUGUUAGAAAUAUUAUAUCCUUAUGUGUGAAACUUGUUGGUUUUCAAAUUAAUCAAAGUUUAUGUUUGCAAAUCAA